GUUGGCAGCACACUGCAUUUGAAGUAUCAACCUACAACCCUUAUUAAGAUUUCAGAAUUCACAAAGAAUAUAAAAUGCAAAAGGCGAUACACAUAGUUGCAGCAAUCGUUUUCGCGUCAUGUCUCAUCAACAAGGUAGCAUCAUACUGUUACAUAGAACCCACCUGCUUGCCACCCAUGGAUGAGGAUGGUUAUUGGUAUCCAGAAUCGAAACCGUGCGACGUGUGUAAAUGCUUCGUUGAAAAAAACUAUGUUCGGAUAUGCAAAGAGGCAAAACCAAAACUUAGCUUAAAGAAGAGCAGCAUUACCGCUGAAAUAAUACCCGAUCCCGAGUUGGUAAGUGACGAAGUCGAAAUCACAAAAGAGGAAGCAGACGCAUUUAAAUGCCCUCCUGCCCCUGGUCACACUUUGAACUACAUUACAAUGACUCUUGAAGAAGUACCACACCAAGAAGUUUACUACUACUACAUUGUAUCAUAUUCAUCUUGCUGUAAUACUGAGAUGUAUUACUCAAGCGUACCACCAGAAUGUGAAGUCGUGAAAACAGGAUGUACCAGCGAGUUCUUUCUCAAGGGUACGUCGCAACCAUGUCCCAUGGAUGCAGGAGUAGCCACGAUGGUCGGAUAAACUAUAAAUACUUUUUUAUUAUCGAUCUUGCACAGAUCGUGUUCAAGCAUAGCGAAAUUUACAUUCCGCCGCUAAUUUGAGAAUCAACUUGUUUAUUUUUCAAAAUGUUAUACUUUUAUAUUUAAGUAAUAUCUAACUGAAGUAACAACUUCCAACUUUAUUUUCGAAAUUACCAGCCUAUUAUCUUCAACAUGGCAUUUCAUUAUUCAUGUUUUUUCAAACGUCCAAGCUUCAGUAGAACGCAGAUAAAAAAAUUACUACUAUUUUAAAUUUAAAGGGCGGUUUAACUAAAAUGAAAAAAUACUAGCGAAAAAUAUAUCGUACAUUACCGAACGCGAAAUAUUUUAUUCUGCACUUGGACAAAUAGUUUUUGGUUCGAAAUUGGAUUUUGUGUGGCGCAUUAUUUACUUUUAUGUUAUUAUAACGUUUUUAUAUAUGUAUUGUUUUUUUUAUUUACGAUACUCUAUUUUUUUCAAGUCCGUUUAUGGAUUUUUCCUCGUAUUUUAACCGAAAUAAAGUCUUAACUACUACAAUUAAAA